UCCGUUGCUCUCAGCGCCGAAACCUGGACCAGCACGCGCUCGCUCAUCAGGUCACGAAUUGACACAAGACCCAUCGACAGGCGUACCCUCUCAGAUCAUGGCGCUCCGCUCCCCGCACCCCCUAGACCCGCUCGGGGCGACAGAGAUCCAGAUCGCAGUCAACGCGGUGAGGGCGGCACACCAGGAUGUCUUCUUCAAUGUCGUUUCCCUACACGAACCGCGCAAGGCUGCUAUGGUUCGGUGGUUGGAGAACCCCACAAGCACGAGGCCGCGUCGCAUCGCCGACGUCUGUGUGAUUGCCCCGGGGGGAAGGGUGGGCGAGGGGCUCGUUGACAUUGUGGCCAAGAAGAUCAUCGAGUGGAAUUGGAUUACCGGAAAGCAGCCAAUUAUCACCCUGGAGGAGCUCCAGUUAGUCGAAUACAUUGUCCGACAAGACCCUCGGGUCGUGGAACAAUGCGAGAUCAGCGGCAUCUCGAGAGACGAAAUGCACAAGGUCUACUGCGACCCGUGGACGAUUGGCUAUGAUGAGCGUUUCGGCAGCCACGUUCGCCUGCAGCAGGGUCUCAUGUACUUCCGACCAGACGUUGACGACUGCCAGUACCAAUAUCCGUUGGACUUUUGUCCCAUCUACGACGCUGACCAGCAGAAGAUCAUACACAUUGACAUUCCAGAGGUGCGGAGGCCUCUCAGACGGGAAAAGCAAAUCAACUAUCAUACCACAGCGAUUGAAGCUGCAAGCGGCUUCCGCACCGACCUCAAGCCGCUUGACAUUACACAGUCGCAGGGUCCUUCCUUCCAACUUAAUGGAAGGCAAUUGAAGUGGCAGAGCUGGAACUUUCACAUCGGAUUUAACUACAGGGAGGGCAUCGUGCUUAGUGACAUCAAAUAUGAUGAUAAGGGGACGUUAAGGGACAUUUUCUACAGGCUCUCACUUGUGGAGAUGGUGGUUCCCUACGGAAACCCUGACCAUCCUCAUCAGCGAAAGCAUGCCUUCGACAUUGGCGAGUACGGUGCCGGUUACAUGACCAACAGCCUCAAGCUCGGCUGCGACUGCAAGGGUUUCAUCAAGUACCUGGACGCAGAUUUGCCGGCUCGUGACGGCAGCAUCAGACACGUCAAGAACGCCAUAUGCAUUCACGAAGAGGAUAACGGGGUCUUGUUCAAGCACACGGACUUCAGGGAUGAUUCCGUCAUCAUUACGAGGGCGCGCAAGCUGGUUAUCCAGCAAAUCUUCACGGCUGCCAACUACGAGUACGCCAUUCAGCUGUCAGCUGACCCGAAGAAGCAAGACGGAACGAUUCAGCUGGAGAUCAAACUGACCGGCAUCCUCAACACGUACUCGAUUAAGCCGGGUGAGGAUACAAAUGGAUGGGGUACGGAGGUGUAUCCAGGUGUCAAUGGUCAUAAUCAUCAGCACCUGUUCUGCUUGAGGAUUGACUCCAAUAUUGACGGUCCCAGAAACACAGCGUUCAUGGUUGACGCAAAGGCAUCUGACGCACCAUCAGGAUCCGCGGCCAACAAGUACGGAAACGCCUUCUACGCCAAACGGACAAAGCUUGAAACCACCGGUCAGUCCGUUACAGACUAUAAUGGCGCCACCGUGCGGACGUGGGACCUGUGUAAUACGAACAAGCUGCACCCAUACAGCAAGGUUCCCGUGAGCUACAAGCUCGUGAGCCGUGAAGUGCCAUCUCUUUUGCCCAAACAGGGAUCUCUGGUCUGGAAAAGGGCAGGAUUUGCGCGACACGCUGUGCAUGUCACUAGGUACCGAGACGACCAACUGUAUCCGGCGGGUCGACACGUUCCUCAAACGUCUGGUGAGACCGCCGUAGGGCUGCCAGACUGGAUCGGAGACGGGAAAGAGGGGAUUGAUAAUGAGGAUAUUGUCCUUUGGCACACCUUUGGCCUCGUGCAUUUCCCGGCCCCCGAGGACUUUCCCAUUAUGCCUUGCGAACCCAUCAGCCUACUGCUGAGGCCGCGAAAUUUCUUCUCCAACAACCCUGUCAUGGAUGUGCCGCCUCAGCAGUGCAUUACGGCGAGUCAAAUGGCGUCCAAGGGAUUAGCUCACUUGUAA